GAGAUAUGCAAACGUAAUGGCCAGGGAUAAUAGACACAAGGGUAAAAUAGAGUGUAGGAGCAGUGGGAUGUAAAUCUUAAUAGAAAUUGCUUUAAAAUGAGUAAAAGCCAGACUAGUACCAGGCUGUAAUUCAUCCUCUGCUGUGCCUUUGUUCUCGAGUGGGCGGGGCUGUUCAGCAUCCCUGAUCGGUCAUUCGCUGCUGUUGAGUGAGCGACAGUUCCAUAAGGUGGUUGUUUACAACAUAGAGCAGCUCCUCACAGUAAGGUUGAGCAGUUCAAGCAGUGAAUAGAAGCCAGUGAUCAGCACUAUCACCAGGGACCCCCAGUCAUGAUGGGUAAUCAGAAGGUCUUGAUCAUUUGGGUGUGGAUGUUACUGUGGGUGUCGUUGUAUCCUUGGGCCCACUGCAGGCGUGGAGGAGGUUUUGGUGGCAGGGGCAAGGGAGUGGGUCUGCCAGUCAAAGCGCCACCUUCCCAGAGCAAAGGCAGGCAGGGCCUGAAGCUGGCAGGUGCUGCAGCCGCGGGGGCUCUCGGUGGAGCGGCCAUCGGCUAUGGGCUGGGCUCUCUGGGCAGACCGAGAUAUGGCUACGAUGGCUCCUCAGAGGCGGACAGGCGCUAUUACCCGGAUGGACCAGGAUACUACAACCGCUCGGACUGGCGGUAUUACAGGAACGCAGGCAGCACAGAGCACGUGACCAACGUCCUCAUAAUACUCGGAACAGUCGCACACAUCUUUAUGUGGGGAUGAGUUACAGGGUUUGAGGCAUUUCUUGUCACAGAGAGACAAGAUGCAGAAAGGGUUCAUUUUAAACAGAGGAUGCAAUCAUUUUCAUUGAUAGAGUGUUUGAUAAAGAGGAAACUAACUUACACCAGCAAUAUACUUCGAGAAAUAUGAAAUUUGAGAAAGUUAUGA